AGCCUUCGACCUGCUCAAAACAUUCACGUUAUCUCACUCACAACUUAACACUUAACUAGUGCAGCUCGAUCUCCACUCUCUUCUGGCUAAUUCGAUCGAUCUCUGCAUCAUGUCACCACCAGCAGCGAUGCCAUUAGCAACUAUACCUGGCUCCAAACCAUCAACAAGAACCCUAAACAAUAUCGGUAUGCAAAUCACCACGAGCAGCAGCCAUUGGACGAAGUGCAGGAGUACUUCUGCUGCUGUUAGUGGCAGUGCGAUCAUGGCGGCGGCCGUGGUGCGUCAGCGGGAGGAGGAGGAGGCGGAGUGGCGGAGCUACCUGGCGCCGGAGAAGCUGGAGGUGCUGACGCAGAUGGAGCCGUGGGUGGAGGAGCACGUGCUGCCGCUGCUCAAGCCGGUGGAGGCGGCGUGGCAGCCGUCGGACCUGCUCCCCGACCCGGCGGAGCUCGGCGCCGAGGGCUUCCACGCGGCGUGCGUCGAGCUGCGGGAGCGGGCGGCCGGCGUGCCGGACCUGCUCCUGGUGUGCCUGGUGGCGAACAUGGUGACGGAGGAGGCGCUGCCCACGUACCAGAGCUCGCUGAACCGACUCGAGGCCGUCGGCGACCGCACCGGCGCCGACGGCGCCGCGUGGGCGCGGUGGAUACGCGGGUGGUCGGCGGAGGAGAACCGCCACGGCGACGUGCUCAGCCGGUACAUGUACCUCUCCGGCCGGUUCGACAUGGCCGAGGUGGAGCGCACCGUGCACCGCCUCAUCCGCUCCGGCAUGGCCGUCGACCCGCCGUGCAGCCCGUACCACGCCUUCAUCUACACGGCGUUCCAGGAGCGCGCCACCGCCGUCGCCCACGGCAACACCGCCCGGCUGGUGGGCGCCCGCGGCCACGGCGACGCCGCGCUCGCGCGCAUCUGCGGGACCGUCGCCGCCGACGAGAAGCGGCACGAGGCCGCCUAUACCCGCAUCGUCUCCAAGCUCUUCGAGGCCGACCCGGACGCCGGCGUGCGCGCGCUGGCGUACAUGCUGCGCCGCGGGGUCGCCAUGCCCACCUCGCCCAUCGCCGACGGCCGCCACGACGACCUCUACGCCUGCGUCGUGUCCCUCGCCGAGCAGUCCGGCACGUACACGGUCUUCGACUACUGUGCCAUCCUGGACCACCUGAUACGGGAGUGGCGCGUGGAGGAGCUCGCGGCGGGGCUCUCCGGCGAGGGGCGGCGCGCGCGGGACUACGUGUGCGCGCUGCCACAGAAGAUCCGGAGGAUGAAGGAGAAGGCCCGUGAUAGGGCCCAGAAGAAGCCCAUUAGCAUCCCGAUUAAUUGGAUCUUUGAUAGGCACGUCAGUGUUAUUCUGCCCUAAGUUACUUAAGUUAAUUUAGUUACCCUCUAAUUAAAAGUAAUUAGUUAUGUUAUUAUAUUAUAUUACUACCAGCGGUCAGAAAAAUUUGAGUUGUAAUUGGUGUGCUAAAUCAUAGCCCUGUAAUAUAUUGUGUGGUAAGAACUUCUUGUUAAUUCAAUGGAACGGAGUAACGGUUAAUUGGCUUGCAUUA